AAACCUUUCCCUACUCUUGUUAAGAAUUAUCAUCCAUUAUCAUCGAAACAAGUACUCAUCCCAUAUUUUAUAGAUAUCAUCCUCCAUCUCAUAAAUUAUCAAAGGUACACAAGAAAAACUCCUCUUUCUGUAUAUGUAUAUAUAUAUUGGAAGUGAAAUAAGCGGACUUGAGUGUUGGUAGAAGUUGUGAUGUAAUCAUUUUUUUUAUCCUUUAUGCACGUUUUUAUGGAUAGUUUGAACUUUUUGUUGAUAUUUUAGUCCAAAUGAAGAUUUUCCUUUUUAAAUAAAUAUCCGUUCUUGUCAUAUAAAAAGAAUUAUGAACAACUCAAGUCUUGUAAGUAAAAGUUUUUAGAUUUGAAAGAAUAAUGAAUCAUAGCUAGAAAAGAAAAUAUCUUUUGAUGUUAGUAAUGUAUAUAAUUGCUCUCAAACUUGUGGCAGAUAUCCUUUAUCCCCACGUACCAAUUUUAGAGGUCCACUAAAUCUUUAAAUAUUUAAAUAUUAACUAAAUAAUUCUUUUUACUUUGUUUUGAUUUCAAAUUUUGGAUAUACUUUAAAAGUAUUUUAUUCUCUAACCUAUUGUUAAAUAUCUAAGUAAGUUUGAAAAAGGGUAUCAUACCAACUAAAUUAUAUCCAUGCAACUGUUUAUAAAUGUUCUAACAUACUAGUCUAAUUAAUAGGAGAGUGAAAAAUACUUUUAGGAAAAAAUUCAAAUGUAAAAUUAUUGAAGUUUUAAAUAGCUAUAUAUGUAUAUUAAAUGAAAAAUGUGUGUGUAGGAGAGGUAACAUGAAAGGGUGUCAGGUUAUCCAAUCAUCUAGGAAAACUUUAAAGAGAUCCUUUGUUGUUUGUGUCAUAUGCUACUAGUUUUUGGUUGGGCUUAAAAAUUGUCCCACAAGUUAAUAUGAGUCUUUUUCAACAUGUUUUAUCCAACCGUUGUUGUUUUUAUAAAAAAAAAAAAAAGAAAAGAAGUAGUUAAAGGAGAAAAAAAUAACAGGGUUGUUUUGUUAUAUUGAAGCCUAAUAUUAAUACAUCUUUGAAGUUGUAAAAUCUAUGCUUGAGAUAUAGAAUUGUUUAGCUUGUAAUUAAAGUAUAUGUUUGAAUACAUAGUUGAUGAUCAGUUACCAAUUCAAAGAAUAUGAAUCAAGCAGUUUUUUAAUAUAACAAAUAUAAUUUAUUGGAGUUAUAUAUAUUUGUUGUCAUAUAUCAAUUUUUUCAUAGGAUAAUAAAAAAAUGUCAAUAUGUGUAUUCAUACUUUUGUUUAUGAAAAUAUCAAGCAUGUGGAUGGAAAUUUAGCAGUGAUGUAGAGGCAGAGCAAGGAUUUGGUGUCCAAAAAGACAACUCAACUAAAAUAAAAGAAAAGGUUUGGAAUUUUGUGUAUAUAAAAUAAGAACAUAAGAAGAAAAAUAAUGAAAUAGAGAGAGGAUAUGAAGAAUUGGACAAAUAAGUCCAUCACCCUCGAUCUAAAACACAGCAGAGAGAAUAGCAUAUGUGCAUUCUUAAAUUUUGGGUCAUCUAACAUUAAAAAAAAAAAAAAAAAAAAAAACUGAUUAAAAUAGAAGAUCUUAGAGUUAAUUACUUUUGAUUAAUUUAAAAUGGUUAUAUAACUCAUUACUUUUAGUUUAAAAUUAGUUUUAAAAUGAAAAAUCGUUAAAGUGUGAAAGAGUUAUUAUCUAUCUUUCAAUUUAGAAUUGGUUCUUUUAUAUUUAAAAAUAAUUAUUUUAAAAAUUUUACUUUAUAACAAUUUGCAAUUAAUCAAUGGAUAUGUGUUUUGAAAUCAACAAUUAAGCAAUACAAAAAAAAUACAGAGAUUACACGUAGAUAUAUUUUCGUUCACUUAUACAGUAUUAACUACAUCUACCGGCAGAGGGAAAAUGAUAUUAUUAAAGAGAACAUUGUUAUAAUAUUAGAUUAGAGAAAUUUAUAUAUAUUACAAUUUUCUAAAUUAAAUCAUAAAUAACUCAUAAAUAGAUAUAAUAUAUGUUCAACACUAGAAUUGAAGAGUUUUUGGAGGUAAUACCCAACUCACUGACCGGUCAACGUGACUCUUAUUAAGUUAUUUGUAGUUUCACGUAACAAAUUAGAUCCAAACAUUUCAAUAAAUAUUGAAGACUUAAAUUGAAUAUUUAAUAAAAAAUGAAGUUAGAAUAUAGAUUGAAACACUAAAAAAUUAAAUUAAAGAUUAGUAACUAAAAACAUUUUAAAAUUUAGAAAGAAAUCUAAAAAAAAGUAGAUAAAAGAAUAAAUUUAUGAAAUUAUUAUUGUCCAAAAGUUGCACCCAAACCCAAUUAAUUAAUUAAACAAUUAUAUUUCAUUCAUUUGGUAUAACAGACAAAUACCACCGUCUCUCUCUUUUUUCUCCACCACCAAAACAAAACAUACACAACACCAACCAAAAAAGAAAAAGCAAAACAAAACAUGAGUCAGUGUGUUCCUAAUUGGGACCUCUCCGAACCUCCACCUUCCUCCGCCGCCACCGGCCGUCCCCCUUUCCACUCCUCAUCCGCCGCAGACGACGUCGUUCCAUUGUUUGAAUAUGAAGUGGCGGAGCUGACAUGGGAAAAUGGGCAAUUGGCUAUGCAUGGCCUGGGCCUGCCGAGGGUAACCGGCAAGGUUCAGAACAGCGGCGGCGGCGGCGGCGGUGGCGGUGUUGGUUCUAAGUUCACGUGGGAUAAUAAGCCGGCACGUGCGAGUGGCACGCUUGAGUCAUUGGUGAACCAAGGAACUCGCCAUGGUAAGAAUAAUAUUAGUUUUGAUAUUAACACCGACGACACCGCCCACGGCGGUGCCAAUGAUUUGGUGCCGUGGUUUUCCGACCACCAUAGGCAAACAACGACCGCUUCCACCGCCGACGCCAUGGUUCCAUGCGACGGCGACAAGUCGGCCACGGUGGGUGGUAGCGCAGCCAAGUCGAGUGAUAUCCCUGUGGCGGCGCGUAAGGAGGACGAGGACUGUGGAGUGAUCCAUGGAAAACGUGGAAGGGUAGUGGCGCGUGUGGUUCACGCGUCGGGGGAGUGGAGUACCUGCCGGAAUCAGAUCAGCGUGAGUGGUAACCGGGAAAGUAGUCAGAAAGUGACGUUGAACAGUACUCGCGUUAGGAAUUUCGCCGCCGUUGACGGUAGCGUUGGGUUCACUGCUACCACUGCCACGUCACAAGGGUCGCUUGAUAAUACAACCUCCGACAAGCCGUGCGUUAAGAACACCACCGUCACCACCACCGACGACCAUGAUUCUGUAUGCCAUAGCACACAUCAGGUGGAAGAAGAGGACGAAGGAGACAGAAAGAAAGAGAAUGCCAAAUCCUCAGUUUCUACUAAAAGAAGUAGGGCUGCUGCUAUACAUAACCAAUCUGAACGUAAAAGGAGGGACAAAAUUAACCAAAGGAUGAAGACGUUGCAAAAGCUGGUUCCAAAUUCCAAUAAGACAGACAAAGCUUCAAUGUUGGAUGAAGUAAUUGAAUAUUUGAAGCAACUGCAAGCACAAGUCCAAAUGAUGAGUAGAAUGAACAUGCCAAUGAUGCUACCGAUGGCGAUGCAACAACAACUUUCAAUGGCACCGUUAAUGGCACCGAUGGGGUUAGGAAUGGGCAUGGGGGGAAUGGGGAUGCCUUUGGGAAUGGACCAUUUGAACAUGAUGGCUGGUCGUUCUGGCCUUACCGCCGGGAUGUCUCCGCUCCUCCACCCGACAGCCUUUAUGCCCAUCCCGACAUGGGAUGGAGGCACUUGUACUGAUCAACUCCAACAUUCUCCGACUACCAUGGUUGCAGACCCUUUCUCAACGUUUCUUGCAUGUCAACAACAGCCUAUGACAAUGGAAGCGUACAAUAGAAUUGCCACAAUGCUUCAGCAACUUCAUCAACAUACACCCACAGUGGGUGGCUCCAAGAACUAAUUGAUCAAUUCAUCAUUUUCAAAUAAUCUUUCUAGAAGAAGUUAUAUGUGUGAUCAUAGAAUGUCGUGUUCAAUUGGAUUUAGAAACGAAAACUAAAAUAAUAAUAGUAAUAAUAAUAUAAUAGUAAAAGAAGGGGAAAAUGUAAAGCACUAUUACUUCUACACAAUAUAGUUGUGUUGGAACUUUUGAGUUUUA